UUAAAGUGUUUGUGGCGGUUUUAGGUGCGAUGACGCAUCUUUUGGGCCGCCGGGACUGUGUGGAGAGUCUCCGGAGGGACGUCAUUGACCUGCAGGCGGCGGUUCUGGACGUGUUUUCCCGAACCGGACCGGUCCGCGUUCCCUCGUGGAAGUUCCCAGAUAAAGUCUCCUGUAAUCUGGACCUGGUGCAGCUGUUGCAGGAAUACGACUACAGCGAAGGGGACGCCGAGUUUAACCAGCACUCGCAUGUCGUCCUGCUGGAGCUGGUGAUUGACAGGCUGAUGCUCCUUUUUCAGAGUUUUAACGUGUACACAGAGAUGAUCGGAGGGCAGAGAACCAGCCGUUCUGGCCAAACUGGCCCGUCUGUGUCCGUUGGUCCGGUGGUGAAACGCUACUGGAAUAAUCUGGUCCAGCUUAGCAGCCAACAGCGGCAAGGAAAAACAACCAGUGAGUGCAGCCAACGUUCUUCUUCCACAUCCCAGAAGAUCAUCUCACAGACUGACCACACGUCCACUGCCGGAACUGCCUCAGCCUCCAAACCCACCACACCCCACCAAACGUCCCCGGCCUCCUGCACCCCCAGCAGGACAGCGCCCCCUGCAGGCCCCCCCCAGUCCCGCAGCGUGAGCAUUCAGACGGUGGAGUCCGCCCUGGUGCCGUGUGCGGCGUGUGCGCGUGUUCAGUCCAGUCUGAAGGAGAGUGCGGAGGCGUGUGUGUCUCUGUGCAGGACUCUGGGUCUGACCUCCUUCCUGCAGCACCUCCUGGUGGCCGUGGAGGACACGGGACAGCUCGGCCGCCUCACGGCGAGCGACGUGGCUCAGUGGGCGUGCGAGCAGCGCAGAGACAUGGGCUGCAUUGGGAGGCACAUCACUGAGGUGAACGAGACGCUGGAGUCGCUCAGAGAUGGACUGAGAAAGGCUGAGGAGGAGAGAGAGGAGCUGAGAGCUCAGCUGGAGCGAGAGGAGGAGAGAGCAGCAAGAGAGAGAGAGGAGAGGAGGAGGAGAGAGGAUGAGUGGGAGCGCAGGCUGCAGGAGGUGAAGGCCAGAGGGGCGGAGGUGCAGAGGAGGCUGCAGGAGCAGCAGGAGGAGCUGAAGAGAGGAGCCACAGCUUCAGAGGGGAAGGUUUCAGAGCUGGCAGCAGAGCUGGAGCUGCAGAGAGAGACACAGCAGGGUCUCCAGUGUGAGAGGGAUUCUCUGAUGGAGGAGGUGCACAGUCUGCGUCUGCAGGAGGUGAGAUGGAGGGAGGAGGAGGAGAGGAGGAGACAGUUAGAGACGGAGCUCAGUAACACAAACACACUGCUGGACAAAGAGCGCGCCAAAUACUGCAGCGCACAGCGCCAACAUGAGGCGAUGCAGGUGAAGCAGCGUGCUCUGCUGGAGCGCGUGGAUGCGUUAGUGCAGCAGAGCGAGGACCUUCAGGCUCGUCUGGAGGAGUGUGAGGACGAGAGGGCGGAGCUUAAACACUCACUCACACACACCACGCAGGAGAGAGAUGCACUGCAGGAACAGCUCACACAGCAAACGAGUCAGUGUCGUUCUCUGAGUGAGGAGACAGAGAGGCAGUGCGUGAGGAUGCGUGAGCUGGAGGAGAGUGUUUAUCGGCUGAGUCAGGACUUACGGCAGGCUGCUCAGAGAGAGAGGAUACUGGUGGCUUUCCCCGAACUUAACCCUCAACACACGGCACCACAAAGUACAGGGGAUGUUCUGGGUGAUAUGGAGCAGCAGUUGAAGGCUAAUUCAGUGAGGAUCAGAGUGCUGGAGCAGGAGAACACGACUCUGAGUAACAGCCUGGCCAAACUCAGAGACACCGGUCUGAGCAGAGGAGACCAGCCUGGACGUCCAGACUCCAGAGGACCAUCAGGGGGCCGAAGGGAAACAGCAGCAGUGCUGGAGACCUGGGACCCCCCUUCAUCCUCUCCCUCCUCCGUUCUUCAUCAGCAGACCCUCUGUCUGUCCCUCAGUCCAAACGCAGCAGAGACGUACAGCAAGAUACGCCAAGCUGCACGCAGCCGCUCCGCUGGCGCCCCCCGCAGGAGGAAAUGAUACCACAGCUCUGCACAAACCACCUGAUACACUACAUCCACGCUCACGUGAGCCGUUUGGACAGUUUUGCUCUGAACAGCAGGCACUUUUCUGAUAUUUGUGUGUAUCAGCGUAAAAAGCCUGACCAGGCAAAAUCAACAGUAAAUAAGUUUCUGUAAACUCCUGAAACAUCAUCAUCAUGCAUUAUCACUGACCAGCAGGUGCACUGACCUACAGUUACUAAGUACACACUCAUCAGUUUAAUAUCCUGAACCGUGAAAUCUGAGGGACCAUCUGCUGGGUGGCAGGAGGCGCCUCACAAAACCAUCAGGGACUCUUACUGUAAU